AGGGGCGGAGGGAACGCCCAGCCCUUGCGGCGUGCGGAACCAAACCCCGGGAGGCUUCGGAAACCGGAAGUGGCUUGUCACCGGCGCUCGGAGCUGUUCCGAUGACCGUCCACAACCUGUACCUGUUCGACCGAAAUGGAGUAUGUCUGCAUUACAGCGAGUGGCACCGCAAGAAGCAAGCGGGGAUCCCCAAGGAGGAGGAGUACAAGCUGAUGUACGGGAUGCUGUUCUCCAUCCGCUCGUUUGUCAGCAAGAUGUCCCCGCUAGACAUGAAGGAUGGCUUUCUGGCCUUCCAGACUAGCCGUUACAAACUCCACUACUAUGAGACACCCACUGGAAUCAAGGUUGUCAUGAAUACUGACUUAGGCGUGGGCCCCAUCCGAGAUGUGCUGCACCACAUCUACAGUGCGCUGUAUGUGGAGUUGGUUGUGAAGAAUCCCCUGUGUCCGCUGGGACAAACUGUGCAAAGCGAGCUCUUCCGCUCACGGCUGGACUCUUAUAUCCGUUCUCUGCCCUUCUUCUCUGCCCGGGCUGGCUGACACAACUACCUCACUCCUCCGAUGAAUCUGGAAUUACCUGGGCCCUUCUUGGCUUGUGAUACUGUGAGCCUUUCCACCUACCUGUCUCCCCUUCAGUCUACAAACCUACUGCCCCCUCCAGUCACCAAAACGAAGGCCCCGGGAGUCCCUCUCUCCAGUUUUAUCCCCUACCUGGCUCUGGAAGAAGCACAGAAUAAACGUUUUGUCACCCUCUGCA